AAUGAAAUGUAUAGAAACAAACCCAUAUGCAACAACACGGUGUUUGUAAGCUCAUUCUAGUUUCUCAGGGCAAGACAAUUGUUUACAAGAAUGAUCUUUUUACUCAAAGACUAACUCUGCUCUUAGCCCCUUCCUGGCAAAUGUUCCUGACUAUAGAGAGCAUAUCAGUGAAAUUAUACCAGGUGUGACUUUCACUUCCUUCCUUACUUGGCUUGAAAAGAACGUCUAUAUAAGCACUUAUUAAGGACAGAGGACAGAUCAAUGUAUACACAGAGAUAUAAGUAAGUGUGCGAAGAUUUAAGGGAUCGGACCAUACGAGACAGUGUGACAACUGUUGGAAAUACACAACUACUGUAUCAAGGAAAGAUGCCUAACCUGAAGUAUGCAAUCGUUUGGUUGGUCUUUAUACUGGCGCAUAUGGAUCUGGAACUCAUCCAGUGUUCUUCCAUUCAAUUUGAAGUAUUAAGGUGUCCAUUAGCACGUCCUCGUGGCAAAUGUCCAGAAAAAAAAGGAUUAUUCUUGCAAGGAGGAUAAGGAUUGCGAAGCACAUUUUCCCGGUAAGGGAUUGAAAUGCUGUAUGGAUUGUAUUGGCGGAAAUAGAGGUUGUGUGACUCCUGUACGURUUGYUUCGGGYGUAGAAGUAAUCCCGUUAAAAGUAUUAAASCAAAUGAAGCUUCUCAACAAACUAGUUGCAGAGUGCCCCACCAGCCCUCCCUCGUGGCMGAAUCCUUCGGGACCAGACCAAGAAUGCCAAGACGAUGCCAGUUGUGAUGCGAAAUUCCCUGGACAAGGCCUGAAAUGMUGUAGUGAUGGGAACGAUUUUAGGUGCAUUCCUCCUGUCAUCGAGCACGAGUUUGUUGAAGGACCAGCGUUUUGCCCCAUACCUCCUCCUUCAAGACCAGRAGAAUGCAAUAAAUACUUUGAAGACAGAUGCCUCSASCACCUUUAYUYUUCAAUGCAUCCUGGAUCGAUUGAAUCGGUACUGUGUUGCAUCACAAAGUGUGGCAACUGGGUGUGGAUGAUAGACCAAUCUCUUGUAAAGGUGCCGCCCACUCCACCAUCUCUACGCAAUGGUACCUGCCCAAUCAUCUCUCCACCUAAAGAAUGUCAAGCACCACCAAAUCCUUAUAAAGCAUGUAAAGUAGACCAGGAUUGCCACAGAAAGUUGAACUAUUUAUUUGAACAAAAGAAUAUGAAUAGAUUAGUACUGAAAUGCUGUAAUGAUGGAUGUGGUCAUCGCAGAUGCAUCCCACCUAUAAUAMAAUGAAUGUCUAUUAUUUUCAAAUCAUGAAUGUAGAAUGCUAGACCGACUACUAUUUCAAACUGGGGUUUUGAUAUCAAUACCGUAAAAAUGGAAAAACAACUCGAAAUGUUUGCUUGGAAUCAAUACUAAUUCUUCGUUUGCAACCACGUGGUUAUUGCUGGUGCCAGGAUAUUUUUCGAUUCCAAUCAAAAAACAAUCCUAAUGACCAUGCAGAGCCACCAAUAAUAUAACUUUGAGCUAAAAAUUGGAGCAUUAGAGCCUUUCUGAAACGAGCUAUGGUCGAAUGAAGUUUCCGAUUUUAUAGUGUAAAUAUAUGGCGAAAACUCGCUGGUGGACUAAUUUGGUCCACCAGCAAUGGAGGCCAAAUUUAGAAAAAUAUUUCACGCGCAGGCAACAAUAUCCAACUCACUUUAGACAUACAUAAAUCGAACUUAAGACAUUUAAAACAAUAAAAAUAUUUCAUUUAGCGAUUUCUUUUUCAUUUUUAUGACUUUUCAGACCCGUAAGAAGUGUAAGGUCAGAAUUACAUGAAGAAAAUCAAAUUUGCACAACUAGGAAAGAAAACGAUGAAAAGAUCUGAAAUUUUGUACACUUAGUCACAUCAUAGUUCUCUAAAACAUAUCRAAGAAUCGAAUUUAUAGCAYUCAUAAUUAAUUUUAAGUUGUUAUUUUHUUGCUCUAUGACGUCACGUGCAAACGAAGAAUAAAGAGUAAUUAAAAACACC